CACAUGCUCAUUGGUGCAGAUGUCUCCUGAACAGCGAGCUCAGAACACACCUACAGCGUGAGGUGUGACUGAAGGUGUGUCUACCUGCGUGCCUCCAAACCCAGCUCCUUCCUCCUCUCAGAGGACUCUCUGCCUUCCCCCGGUGCGCGACUUAACGUACAGCCUUCCCAGCAGCCGCCACCAUGCCUGAGACCGCAGAGUCCCACUCGGUCAACCUCACCACCAACCGCAACUGCACCAUAGAGAUCACCAACGUCAGCGGCGUCUACUGCCUCGUCAACCCAAAGAUUCACAUGGAGAGCGGUUUCACCUUCAGCCCUCCGCAGCCCACCGUGCGCACCACCAAGACCGAGGUGUGCUCCUUCACCAAGGACGACAACACGGCGUCCGGCGCCGUGGGCGUCCUGACCUACGAGCUGUUCGACAUGCGCAGUCGCCACUGCAACGAGCUGAUCGCCGUCAUGUUCUCGGUGCCCUUCGACUACAACUUCUACAAGAACUGGCUGGGCGUGGGCAUCUUCGAGCACACGCACGCCUGCGACGGCAAGCUGUUCGAUCAAAUGUACAACAAGAAGGAUUUCACCAACUUCGUCCGCCACGAGGCCGACGGCUCCGGGGUGAAGUACGAGGGGCGGGUGGUGGACCUGAGGGCCUGCAUGUCGGAUCAGGGCAAAGCCAUCAUCAAACUUGAGUUGUACGACAAGAUGGGCAGAUGAGUCGGUUCGUGCUGCGAUGAGGAUAAAGAGUUCUGCACCAAUUGAUUGCAAAGGUGCGGAAUGAAUUAUAGAACACAGGUGAAGCAAAAGAAAUAUUCCUGUUCAUAUUUCUGUCAUUCCUGUCAUGCAUGGGUGCUUUAAAUAAAAACAAGUCUGACCAA